CCCUACACUGUGUGACACACUGGGUGGUGUCCAUAGACCCCUAAGGACUGCAGUCGGGUGAGAGCAAAGAGAGGAGGAGAGAACGUCACAGGGACACGCAGGCAGAGCUAUUCCCACGUGAAUCUCCUGGUUGAGAAAGAACCUCACUCAUCUUCAAGAAGUUGAAAGAUUCGAGUUUUAUAUCACUUUUGCAGCCAGUCUUACUGUUACUGCCCCUAAGGAAAGCUGUACAAGCACAUGUCCGGGAAUGAAGUCAACAAAAGAUUGUGAAAUCAUUCAUGUAAGUACACAGACAUUGCAAAAGUCUUUAAACUUGGAUAUCUACCGAGUGACCUCAGCUAACUAGCUUCCCGGUACUGUCACUUAAAUUCAGGGCCGCACUUGGUAACGGCUCAGGAAGCUGAGUUAAACCACACAGAGGAGCGCUGGACUAUCUGCGCUAACACCCCCGGGGAGCCCGCCAUGCUGUUACUGGUCACGGUCAUCCUCACCCUGUGGGUCUCCUGGGCUCGUGGACAAGAAAUAACAUGUGACCCCCCAAUAAUUCCAAACGGUGACUUUGCUCCUAAAAUGGACCAGUACGGGCUGGAUGAUGUCAUCACAUACCGGUGUGGAAAUGGCUUCUAUCCUCCCCUUAUCGGAAAUAAGACAGAGUGCACUGUUCUAGGCUGGCUACCUCAUCCUAGAUGUGUCCUGAAGCCCUGCGGAUUUCCGGAAAUAAAACAUGGACGGCUACUUCAUGCGGACACAUCUAAAUACUUCCCGGUGUAUGUAGGGCGAUCGUUAGUCUAUUUCUGUGACUACGGCUACAUGCCUCCUUCACAAACUAGCUUGGCUAUCAUGAAUUAUGACCUUUCAUCUUGA